AAAAACAAAAAAGCUCUCAUUUCUUUUCUACUUUUUUAUUAUUUUUAUAGGCAUGAGUGAAACCAUGCCAAAUAACCCCACAAAUUGGAUGCAAUUCUAUCAACCUCAAAGAUCUCCACAAACCACUAUGUUCUCCGAUGCCACAAUUGUCACCACCACGGCCUCUUCUGUAGUCAGUGCUCCAGAUCACCACCAACACCAACACCAACACCAACACGGCACCGGGCCAUCUGACGGGCGUGUUUCCAAGCCCAUCAGACGGCGAUCAAGGGCUUCUAGGCGAACACCAACCACCGUGUUGAACACGGAUACUACAAAUUUCCGUGCCAUGGUGCAACAGUUCACUGGUGGAUCUGUUGCACCAUCGCAGGGGGCCUACUUGGGUUUUGGGCCUAAUAAUCAGCAAAUUAUGAACCCCAAUACUUAUAAUAUCCAAUUUCAAGCGCAGCCAGUGCCGCAAAACCAAUUGCCUUACAUGUUCAGUACAUUGGGCAGUUCAACUACUCGACCAUCUCCUGCUGCUCAAGGUCGUGCUGGUAAUUUUCUCCAUACUUCUUCUCCUUCUAAUGAGAACAAGUCGGAAAAUAACUUCACGUUCUGAUUACUUAAAAAAAGAGAAAUUGACAUAAAUAGUCGUUCAAUUUUACCCAUUCCGUCGUUUUCACUACAUUAAUAUCGGUGCUCAGUACCUGUACAUAGCCCCUCAACAAUAUCCUUCCUCGUUGGUUCAUUUUAUAUUUUAUAUUAGUCUAGUUUAAAUUUAAAUUUUGUCGUAUUAAUCAUAUGUAAUUUUCUUGAUAUCUUUAUUUCUUUCCUUUUAACAAAAUACUGUUAUUUGGAGUAAUAGAGGUAUUUUUUUUUUAUAUAUUAGAUAAUUCAAAGGGAUUUUUUUCUUU